AUGGCAGACCUCAACUCCUGGGAGGAUGACCCGGCUGCUCAGGACGAGGGCCUCUCGAAACAGGCCGAGCAGCAACUAAAUGUGAAUUCACAAAAUCCCGCCCAGGGUGCCUUCCGGCCGAACGUCGCUUCGUUCCAGCCUACAGCCCAGACUUUCCAGCCGGGCCAAGGCUACGGUGCAGGCUUCGUGCCUCAGUACCAGCAGCAGCAAUAUUAUCAGCAAGGCUACUACCCUCAGUAUGGCCAGCAACAGGGCUUCAACCAGUUCAACAGCCAAGGAUACGGUGGUGGCUUCAGCCAAGGCUACAACCAAGGAUAUGGCGGUGGGUUUCCCCAGUACGGCCAGCAGCCCGCUGCGCCGAAGCAACCGGCUGCCGACGCCGCCGCUCCCGCAUCCGCCCCUGCGCCGAAGCCGCCAAAGGAAGAGGCCAAGGCAGAGAGCAAGGCUGAGCCAUCCAACACGCCCGAGGCUGGGAAAAAGGCCACAGCAGCCAAGGCCAUCGAGAAGACCGGAGAAAAAGCAGGCAAGGCCGCGGCAGGCGCUUCCAAGGCAUCGGGCAAGGUUUCGCCAACUCCCUCUUCCGGCCGCUCGAGCCCCUCUGGGCCUGGCGAAAAGAAGGUGCAGCGUGAUGCCGAUGCAGUCACCAAGGAGCAGGCCGCCGAUGUGGACCAAGAUACCCUCAAGGAAAUCUAUGGCAAGGAACACGUCAACAUUAUUUUCAUCGGUCACGUCGACGCCGGCAAAUCGACCUUGGGCGGAUCUAUCCUCUGGACUACCGGCAUGGUUGAUGAGAGAACAAUGGAAAAGUACAAGAAGGAGGCAAAGGACAUGGGCCGCGAAUCCUGGUAUCUGUCCUGGGUCAUGGACCUGACAAAAGAAGAGCGGUCCAAGGGCAAGACCGUCGAGACCUACGUCCCAAGCAUGAUUGGAGGCGCUUCGCAGGCUGACGUCGGCAUCUUGGUCAUCUCGGCUCGCAAGGGCGAGUACGAGACGGGAUUUGAACGAGGAGGGCAGACUCGUGAGCACGCCAUGCUCGCCAAGACGCAGGGCGUCAACAAGCUCGUCGUGGUCAUCAACAAGAUGGACGAUCCCACCGUCGAGUGGUCCCAGGAGCGUUACCAAGAAUGCACCACCAAGCUGUCGCAGUUCUUGAAGGGAACCGGUUACAACCUGAAGACGGACGUUUUCUUCAUGCCAGUCGCGGCCCAGCAGUCCCAAAACAUCAAAGAACGAAUCCCCAAAGACUUGGCGCCCUGGUGGGACGGCCCGUCGCUUCUCGAGUACCUCGAUAACAUGAAGGCCCUGGAGCGCAAGGUCAACGCCCCCUUCAUGAUGCCCAUCAACGCCAAGUACCGCGACAUGGGCACAAUGGUAGACGGCAAGGUCGAGGCUGGCGUUGUGAAGAAGGGCAUGAGUCUGGUGAUGAUGCCCCGGAAGCAGCCGGUUGAAGCGGCCGCCAUCUACGGCGAGCAGGAGGAGGAGGUUCCCAUCAUCCAGUGCGGCGAUCAGGUCCGGAUGCGACUCAAGGGCAUCGAAGAAGAGGACAUUCUGCCUGGCUUCGUGCUGUGCUCUCCGAAGAGACUGGUGCACUGUGUUGCCGAGUUUGAGGCCCAGAUCCGCAUCCUGGAGCUCAAGAGCAUCCUGACAUCCGGCUUCAACUGCGUGUUGCACGUGCACUCAGCCAUUGAAGAGGUAACAUUUGCGGCACUUCUGCACAAGCUGCAGAAGGGAACCAACCGGAAGAGCAAGAUGCCGCCUACGCACGCAAAGAAGGGAGACAGCGUCAUUGCACGGAUGCAGGUGAUUGGCGGAGCCGGUUCCGUGUGUGUCGAGAAGUUUGAAGACUACCCUCAGAUGGGUCGGUUUACUCUGCGAGACCAGGGACAAACGAUUGCCAUUGGUAAGAUCACGAAGCUCAUCACCGAGGACAGCAAUUGA